AUGGACAUCGAUCCCUACGCCGUUCUGGCUGUCCCUAAAGACGCCACCUUACCUGAAAUCAAGUCGGCCCAUCGGAAACUCGUGUUGAAAUGCCAUCCCGACAAAAUCAAAGAUGAAUCCCUUCGCAACGAGGCCCAGGACCAAUUUCAACGGGUUCAGCAGGCCUACGAAUUGCUCUCCGAUCCCUCCCGCAGAACCAAAUAUGAC